AUAAUUUCAGACCAGUUCCAAAAAAAUGGCGAUUACAAGGUGUUGGGAAAAGUCUCGUGUAUUGCCAAUAAUUCGGUGAUUGUUGUUUGACAAUUGUUAAUUAAUUAAAUAUUUGUGUUUUAAUUGUGUAGAAAAAUAAAAAGUGAAUUAAAACAGUAAAAAAAAAUCUAGGAAAAAUGUCGCUUUUUAAUAAGCCAAAACGAAAUAUUCGUCGACGACAUUUCAACGACGAUGAUGAAGAUAAUGAGAACAGAAUGGAGACAGAAGACGCUCCAAUUGUCAAAGUAAAACCAAAGAAGAAGGAAAAACCCAAACAAACGCUCCUAAGCUUUGGAGAGGAGCUUGAGGAAGCCGAUGAGGGAGAAGUUUUUAAAGUGAAGAAAUCGUCGAGAAGCAAAAAACUGAUGAAACAACUUGAUCACGAAAGAAAAAAAAAGAAAGGUGAAGAGAAAAUGCAAGUGGACUCUGAAUCAUCGAACAUGUCUAUUAAGCAGGAAAAAGAUUUAGAAAUAAAGACAGAUGAUCUAGUAGUAAAAAUAAAGAAUACUGGACCUUUGAUUUUAAAUGGAAGAGCCGCAUUGGCUGCUGGAAAAGAUGACUUCUCGUCAAAUGAAGAAGAUGAAGAGGAUAUUGAUGGACAUAAAUAUCAGAGGAAUAAAAAUUCAAAUAAAACAGACAGCAUGAAAAUGUUUUUAGAAAGUGGAUGUAUUCCGGAUGCUGCUAUGAUUCACGCGGCACGUAAAAGAAGGCAAAAGGCUCGAGAAUUGGGAACUGAUUAUAUUCCCAUUGAGGAUCGAAGUGAUGAGAAAGGAAAAUCGAGAUUAAUUAGAGAAGAGGAUCACGAUAGAAGUGAUGAUGAUUCUGAAGAAAGGCUUGAUAUGAUGGUGAAUAUGGAAGCCAGGGAUAAGGAAAAGAGAAGGGAAGCUAUUUUUGCGUCGCAGACUACAAAAAAUUUUUCAGAUGAUGAGGAAAGUGAACAUGGAAAUGGAGAAGAGGAAUGGGAAGCUCAACAAUUUCGGAAAGGUGUGACGGGUGCUCAAAUAGCAGCGGCACAACAGGAAUCUCUUAUUCAGCAACAGUACAAUGUAAAUAUGAAUACAAGUCAAAUGAUUGCACCAGGAGUUCCUUUGGAGAUGAUAAUGAUGCCAGCGCCACCACCUCCGCCAGUAAUUCAUCCGCCAGAUCCAAUGAAAACAGUGCCCGUCACUCCUGAGGAAGUUUUAAAUAAAAUGCGUGCUAGAUUGGAAAGCUUGAAGGAAGUUUAUCGACGUCAUCAAUUGGAUCAGGAACAAUUAAAAGAAGAUCUUGUGCAAACGGUGAAGGAAUUGGAUGAAGGAAAAGAACGUGCGCCAUUGUUAGCACAACGCUUCAAUUAUUACCAAGAGUUGCGUGGGUAUGUCACUGACUUGGUAGAGUGUCUUGAUGAGAAGCUGCCUUUGGUUGUUGGAUUGGAGCAACGCUGGUUGGAUCUCUAUGGAAAAAGAGCUUUGGAAUUAAUGGAAAGACGUCGACAAGAUACGAGAGAUCAAGCCGAGGAAAUCACCACCGCUGCAAGGGGACAGACAAUGAGAAGAGGUCCAGAGGAUGAUGCAAGAAUUCGAAGAGCUACAGAAAGAGAGGGAAGACGUGCUCGUCGAAGAAGAGCGAGAGAAUUAGCAUCAAAUGGUCCAAAACAUAUGGAUGGAAUGUCAAGUGACGAUGAAGUUACAGAGCAACAAAAUCUCGCCUUUAAACAAGCUAAGGAGGAAAUUGAUGAAGAAACAGAGGAAAUUUUCUCUGAUGUUGUGGAUGAUUUUUCAACUGUUAAGGGAAUUCUUUCUAAAUUAGAAACAUGGAAAUCAACACAUUUGGAAGCUUAUACUGACGCUUAUGUUUCCAUGUGUAUUCCAAAAAUGAUUUCACCUUUAAUAAGAUUACAGUUAAUUACCUGGAAUCCAAUAAAAGAAAAUACGGAUUUAGAACGAACAAAAUGGUAUAGUUCAUUACUUUUAUAUUCGUGGGAUAGUAAAGAAACUGAAGAGUCACUUAAAAAAGAUCCAGAUGUUCGAUUGGUGCCAUCAACAAUAGAAAAAAUUGUCAUUCCUAGGUUAACUUCAAUUGUGGAAAAAGUUUGGGAUCCAAUGUCCACAUCACAAACACUUCGUCUUAUAGGAACAAUAAAAAGAUUAAUAAGAGAUUAUCCAAAUCUUAAUGAUUCAAGUAAACUUUUAGGAAGUCUUUUUAGUGCUAUUUUUGAUAAAAUUCAAUCCGCUGUUGAAAAUGAUGUCUUCAUUCCAAUUUUACCUAAACAAGUUUUAGAUACUAGACAUCAAUUUUUUCAAAGACAAUUUGCAAUGGCUGUUAAACUUCUUCGAAAUUUGCUUAGUUGGCAAGGACUUUUAGGUGAUACGCGGCUUAAAAAUUUGGCACUUGGAUCACUUUUAAAUCGUUAUCUUUUAGCUGGUUUGAGAGUUUCUCCUCCAACUGAUGCACUAUUAAAGGCAAAUAUGAUUAUGAGUACAUUACCACGAACAUGGCUACAGGGCGAAACUAUUGAACAUUUGAAAAUGUUUGCCAAUUUGAUUCUUCAAUUGAGCGAACAAUUAGAUCAAGCGAAUCCAGCUCAUAACGAAUCCUGGGAAUAUUCGAAAUCCAUUCUAAAAGUAAUCAAGCCGUCGUGAAUCGUCGUUUGUGCUAUUUUUCAAAAGUGUUCUCUCUUUUUUUCGUCAUUUUUUUUUUUUUCUCAAAAUGAGUGUUUGUUUUUUUUUAUUUUAUUUAUUAGUAUUAUUACUUUUUUCUUUUUGUGUUUGAAAACACAUUACACUUGUAAAUGCAUAUAUAGCUUUAUAACGAUAUAAAUAAAAAAAAAGAAAAUAAAAAACGUCACAAUUUUUUUUUAGACGAAAAAAUUAGAAUUUUGUACAGUUGACGCUUAAUAGCGUAAUUUUCAAGUUUGUCUAACUUUAUUAUGUACAUAAUUGUCAAAGAAAAUAAACAGGACUUGGGGAAAAAGAAAAA